AUGAACGUGCACCCUUACAGCGUGGUAUCUUCUGUCUACGUAAAUAUAACAAAUAUUAAUAUAAAUGAUGGUUCUGAAGAUGAUGACGAUGACUGCUGUGUUUCAGUUAAUCAAAGAGUAUCCCUGUGGAAAAUCACAAUUGUGGUUUACUGUCCACAAUUCCGCGCUUACUCUCCUGACAAGAGACAUCAGUGGGCAACCCAGCGAUACCUUUGCAUCAACUGUCUUGGGUCCCACAACAUCUCUCAGUGUCACAACCCAAAGACUUGUGCAUACUGUCAACAACAGCAUCACUCCAUGCUUCAUGGUGCCGCUGCUUUAGCCAACACCAAGCUAGCUCAGAAGAAAAACACAACUUCAAAGCCACCAGCAGUAUCACAAACAUCUCAACAACCAGACGGCGAUGCACCGUCAGAAGCUGAUGCAACUCAUCUCAAACGCUUGACAACCAGUUCUCACCUCACCUCAAGUGCAACAAAAGUUGACAUCAAUGAUGUCAAGUUAUCAUCUCAAUCAGCAGCACUCAACUCAGUACAAAUAAACUACUCGCAUGACAUCUCAAGAGCAAUAUCACGACCCAGUGUCUUACUUGCCACUGCCAAGGCCAUCCUCAACUACACAGAUGAUAAUCAUCAAAUUGUCCGCCUUCUCAUCGACCCUGGGUCAGAACUAACUCUCAUAUCACGGACAAUAAGCAAUAAUUGUCAACUUGACAUCAUUUCAUCUCAAAUUCCAAUUGUUGGAGUUGGCAGUGUAUCAUCCGGAAGUACAUCUGGAGCUGUAAACAUCUCUCUCACCUCACUUCACUCUGAUGAUAGUGUUAUCAUCUCUGCACAUAUUCUCAAUAAACUUACAGCUGAGCUGCCAGCUGUUUCAAUCAAGAAACAUUCGUGGAAUCAUCUCAACAAUCUGCAAUUGGCUGAUCCAGACUAUUUCAAGUCUGAUAAAAUUGAUCUACUCAUCGGCGCAGAUUGUUAUGGAAAAAUUAUCAAACCUGGAGUUCAAACUGGUUCACUUGGUGAUCCAGUUGCUAUCAAAACAAUUUUUGGCUGGUCCAUACUUGGUCCAGUAUCAUCUCAAUCACAACAAUCACCAAGCAGAUCUCACCAUCUCAUAUCCAACGAUCAACUUCAUGAUUCAAUCGUCAAAUUUUGGCAGCUUGAAGAAGUUCCGUCGCAUCUCAACGAGUCUCUCACGGUGGAAGAAGCUGAAUGUGAGUCUCACUUUCAAUCAACUCACUCUCGUGAUCACACAGGUAGAUAUACCGUGCGAUUACCAUUCAAAUCAUCAUCUCAGCAGCUUGGACAUUCAAUACACAUUGCCACCAAGUGUUUAAAUCGGCUAAUAAAAAACAUCUCACAGAAGCCUGAGUUCAAUCAUCUCUACAGGGACUUUCUCACGGAGUAUGAGGCCAUGGGUCACAUGCAAAAGGUCCCAGAUUCAUAUCAAUCAUCUCACAUCACCUACUAUCUACCUCAUCACGGUGUUCUUCGUGAAGAAAGUACAACAACUAAGCUGAGAGUUGUUUUCAACGGCUCCAGUAAUACAACCUCAGGCAUCUCACUCAAUGACACACUUCACACGGGUCCAAAACUGCAGUCUGACAUUUUUGAUGUCUUACUGUAUGUCAGAAGACACCAACUCAUCUUCACCACGGACAUCACAAAGAUGUUUCGUCAAAUCAAUGUUCAUCCAGAUGAUUGGGACUAUCAACGGAUCCUCUGGGUAGAUGAUGACAAUCAACCUCAAUCAUAUCAUCUCACCACCGUUACAUACGGCACGCGUCCAGCACCAUACCUUGCUGGCCGUGUUCUCAAACAGCUGAUCAUCGAUGAAGGAGAUAAGUAUCCACUAGCUGUUGAACCUUUUGAAAAAGGCAGCUACGUGGAUGAUAUCUGCGGAGGCGCUGAUAACGUCAAUCAUCUCAACAACAUCGCAUCUCAAGUGGAAGCAAUAUGUCUUGCUGGUUGUUUUCCACUAGCCAAGUGGAAAAGCAACCAUCCACAGUUCAGCAAGUUGUCAUCAUCUAACAUCUCAAAUUCACGAGAGUUCAAUGAAUCUACAUCCAAAAUUCUUGGACUUUCAUGGAAGUGUCAACCAGAUCACCUCACAUUUACUGGUCAUACAUCUCAAAAGGCUGCCAUCACCAAAAGAUCAAUUUUAUCUGAAACAGCCCAGUUAUUUGAUCCACUGGGACUCAUAUCACCUGUUGUCAUCAAAACCAAGAUCUUGAUGCAAGAUCUAUGGCUAGAAAAAAUUGGAUGGGACGAUUCACUCUCACCUCAGAUAAUUCACCGUUGGAAGAAAUUCCGAGAUGAAUUACCUGAACUAUCACAACUUAAAAUUCCUCGCUGGUUAAACAUCUCAUCAGACACCUCGAACAUCGAAAUACAUGGAUUUUCUGAUGCGUCACAGCAUGCCAUGGCCGCUGCUGUCUAUAUCAAGACUCAUCAUCAUCUCACACCAGCUAAAAUUACUCUUGUCUGUGCAAAGACUCGAGUUGCACCACUGAAACGUCUCACCAUUCCUCGUCUCGAAUUAUCAGCAGCUCUACUUCUCACUGAACUCAUCUCACACGUACAAACAACUCUUAAUCUCCAAGAUGUUCCAGUUUACCUCUGGACAGACUCAGCGGUGGCUCUUGCCUGGAUCAAACAAGAACCAAGUAAAUGGAAAGAGGGUUUGACUCCAUCUCAACUACAAUCUCAUCAACUCUGGUGGUCAGGUCCAACCUGGUUACUAGAGCCAUCUCACCAAUGGCCAGAAUUUACAUCUCAAGAAGAUCCUGAAGUGGACACUGAACGAAAAUCAGCCCAAGCUCACCUCGCAGUCACCAGUCCAAGUUUACCACUUGGUGACUUGCUUGAAUCAUCAUCAAAUCUCACCAAGUUGCUCAGAAUCACUGCAAUUGUUCAGCGAGCAGUUGCAGUCUUCAAGAAAAUUCCUGCAUCAUCUCUUCACAUCUCACCACUCACACCAGCUGAUUUACAUUCAGCUUUGUACUUCUGGAUCAAAGCAACACAACAAGAAUAUUUCAAGAACGAGAUUUCGCAAAUAUCUCAAAACAAACCGUUUUUGAAAUCUUAUCCGUUCUCACGUCUCACCGCUUACAUCGAUUCUACGGAUAUUGUACGAGUUGGUGGACGACUACAAAAUUCUCAUCUCGACACGGAUAGCAAGCAUCCACCCAUACUACCAAAGAAUUGCCAUCUCUCUCAUCUCAUCAUCUCUGAUGCGCAUGCUCGCAUAAUGCAUGGAGGUACGCAACUGACGCUAGCUGCCGUGCGCAAGAAGUGUUGGAUAUUUGGGGGAAGAAUCCCAAUUAAAUCUCACAUUCAACGCUGUGUUGUCUGUGUAAGACAGAGAGCUCAGCGAUCUCAACAGUUGAUGGGUCAACUGCCUACAUCUCGAGUCUCACCAUCACUCGUCUUUGAAAGUACUGGCGUAAACUACGCUGGUCCUGUUCAACUAAAAUACUUUCAAGGACGAGGUACACGCUGCUACAAAGGCUGGAUUGCAGUCUUUGUAUGCUUCUCAACUUCUGCAAUUCACUUGGAAGCUGUAAGUGAUUACACUGCAGAAGGUUUUCUCAAGGCGUUCAGGAGGUUCACAAGUCGUCGUGGCAUCUGCAAAACCCUUUUCAGUGACUGUGGAACCAACUUCAAAGGGACAGAUGUCAUUCUCAAACAACUUUUCUCUGGUGCACUCAACGAAUCAUCUCAUCUCCAGCAAGUUCUCACCUCAGACGGAACUCGGUGGAUUUUUAAUCCACCUGGUGCUCCACACAUGGGUGGCAAGUGGGAAGCCGCUCUAAAAUCUGUCAAUCAUCAUCUCCAACGCACCAUUGCUGACCUACUUCUCACCUAUGAAGAUUUUUAUAACAUUCCUCACUCAAGUUGA